GAUAAGAUUCUAAUUAUGGAAAUAAUUAUAAGCCGUAAUGUCAGACAGUCAACGUGAAUCAAAAAACCCAAUAGGUCACACCAUAGAGUACUGAUUAGAGGGAGACGCAUAUAGUGGUAACAAGGUUCGAGCUAGAAGAAAAGUACCCGAUGCGCUCGCAGUCGUUUCAUAGCACGUGAUCAGGGAUUUCUUGUUUUAGAUUCGACAUUGAAUACUCUCGUAGUCCUGCCGCUGCCUAUCGCCGCGGGUGGAAGCAGGUCUAUUCUACACAUCUUACGAGUUGUUACAAUGAGGUUCCUCUCUGUUGAGGUAAUCAUCAUUUCUCCUUAACUGAUAUAUACGUAUUUUACACAAACAAUAUUUUCUCUUACCUAGAAAUUCAAUGUCUGUAUGAAAUAAGGAUAUUCCGAAUUCGCAAAUUUUUGUUCUCAAGUGCUUGGUGUGAUUUGUAUCUAUUUCUUAGUAUUCGAUGCGAAAUUCAAAGAUGGUUAGUUGAUUAAUGAUAUCAGUUUCGAUUUUUGACAAUGCAGUGAUAAUUGAGUUUGUGAAUAGUGCUAACAUUAUUUUUAAUUGAUAAUAUCAAAGAAAUUAUUUUUUACCAUACGUUGAAAAAUGAUUCGAAAAAUUUUUGAUUAUAGUUAGAAAUUGGUAACAAAUGUGAAUUUUUCUACUUGCACGUAUUGUUUUGAAUAAAUAAUUGAUACUGGAUUUUUUUAACAAGAAUGUUGGCUUUUGUUUUAUGAUUGAUUAAAGAUUGAAUUGUGACUAUACGAUGCAAAAGUUUCAAAUUAAAAAACGAUUCGAAAAUAGUUCAUCAAGUGUGGAGGUGGGAAAUCAACAAUCGAUCAAUGGCGGUCGAUAUUUUGGAUAAAGACCACUUCGCGGUGAGUGCAAUUGUCACCGUCGGUAUGCAAAUUAUAUUCUUCACAAUUGCGGCGACCUUCCAACUGGACAAGCUAACAGAUUUUGCCGGCGGCACGAACUUUAUCAUCCUCGCCCUUCUCACUUUCUUUCUCGGCCAAGUAGGCAAGCCUUAUGACAGUAGACAACUUAUGGUCACUAUAUUUGUUUGCUUGUGGGGUGUUCGUCUUUCUGGAUAUCUAUUAUAUCGAAUUAUUAAAAUUGGUCGCGAUAAAAGAUUUGAAGAUCGUCGCAGUAAUGUGAUUCGUUUUGCUGUAUUUUGGACAUUUCAGGCUGUAUGGGUCUAUGUUGUGAGUUUACCAGUAAUUAUCAUUAAUUCACCGCGACACAAAAUACCACCAGCUCCUAAAACGAUGACAACCCUAGACAGCACUGGUACGGGACUUUUCGUAACUGGUUUAUUAGCUGAAACUUAUGCCGAUUUGCAGAAAUUUUCUUUCAAACAAGAUCCAGUGAAUAAUGGCAAAUGGUGUAAUGACGGAUUAUGGAGAUUAUCUAGACAUCCAAAUUAUUUUGGAGAAAUAGUAGUAUGGUGGGGUAUCUUCGUAAUAUCUUUGAAUGUAAUCGAAGGCAUUGAAUGGAUUGCUAUAGCUUCUCCAAUAUUCACUACUUUCAUUAUUCUAUUCUUAUCUGGAAUGCCUCUAUUGGAAAGAGCUUCCGAUGAGAGAUAUCGUGAUAACGCCGAAUAUCGCUAUUACAAACUAUCUACAUCGCCAUUAAUACCAAUACCACCAUCCAUAUAUGUUGAAGUGCCUCAUUUCCUAAAAUUUCUUUUCUGUUGCGAAUUUCCACUUUAUGAUUCGUUAGAUGUAAAACCACGAUCAGCUGUCACUGAAUCAACAUCAAUAAGUCUUGCUGCGUCUACGUAGCUAUAGUCACACGCCGGACAACCGAAUUCGAAGUCCGGCGUGCAGUCAUCUAUGACUAGCACAGCCUUUUGAGGCUACUAUAAUUCUUUGCAUUUUAUUGUUCGCAUCGUCUUUCAUUAUUCCAUUCGGUUAAGAAUAAUAACUUAGUGGUUAUGCAAAACUCUAAAAUUCUACAUAGAAUUACAAAUUGAAAUAAAUUGAAAAAAUAAAAAGCAUAUAUUAUGUCAUUUAAAUGUUAAUAUGUUGCAAUUGCAUUUUUUACAUUUUUUAAAUUGAAAAUAUUGAUGUUUUUGUGAUUUGAAUUCAGAAAAUAUAUAAAAUGUUGUUAUAUAAAAAAAAUAAUAUGUAAAAUAAUGAUUAUGAAAGUAGAUGCGUAUUACUAUAUUUUGCUAAUCUAUUAAAUGAAUUAAAAAAAUUUAUAUUUUUUAAAUUUAAUUAAAAAACUAUACUUAUUUACUUUUUAAAAUUUAGGAAUUUAAAAAUCUUAAAGAUAAUGUUAAAAAAUACUAAUAAAUAUAAAAAAAUUAAAAUCGAAGUUAAAAUCGUAAUUAUACUACCUCGAACAUGAUGUUUUUGAUUUAAAAUCGAAUUCAUCAUGAUAUUUAGAUUAAAACAUUUAAACUUUAAAAAAAUAAUUAUAUAUACAUAUAUAAAAAAAAUAUAAAAAUAAAUGUGCAAUAUUAUUAUAGACUUUCGAAGCUAUAUAGUUUUUGCUAAAUAUUCUUCUAUUUCAUAGAAUUCAUUGAUGUAUAUAUUUAUUUCCAAUUUUAUAAGUGUUCAUUUGUUUAAUAUUAUUCUCUUAUAGAAAAUAAAUU